AUGAUUGUGGAGGAGUUGGUGAGAAAGAUUGAGCAUACGCGCUCGGGGUCCACUAUGUCGUAUCUCGGCUAUAAUGUCUCUCAGAACGAACAGAGCUUCCAACGCGACCCCUCUUCGUCCCCCAUCAUGCACCGCCCAGCCAUUCCCAGCGGAUCCAGCGGCGGCGGGCCAACUCCCUUCAAAGCACCAGCGCACAAGCAUGCACACCACCUGCACUCGAUACCCCCUCGCGAGAAGUCCACCAGGACGCUGAUUAUUGACCAUCUGCUGUGGGUGCACGCGCGCACCCGGUUUGCGCAGGCUCGUGCGGAGCUGGGCAUGACUGACCGCACCGGCGGCCCCUCCACCGCGAACUACGCCCACCGCGAGCGGCCGGAGAGCUACGAGGAGGACGAGGAGGUGUACAGCGAUGGCGAAGACGUGUCGCCGCUUACCGCGCGGGCGGGCGGGCCCGGGCACACACACGGCGACGAGGAGGAUGAGCGGCUGGACAUGCAGGACCUCAUCCUCGCACGGGCCCUCAGGCAGCGGGCGGAGAGCGUCGAGAAGGUCGCGACCGGGAUGCUCGACCAGCCUCCCGAACUGCCUCCCCUCCACCCGGACGAUCUCAUCGACCCGCCCACGUCUCCACAGCUACGCCCACAGCACGUCCAGCGACAGCAUAUCCUGCCUAACGGUGUACGUCUGCGUCUCGCACUUGCUACCGUAAUAAAUGACCUUUUCUCUCGCCGCGCACCCAUACCUCGCGCGCCCAGCCCGCUCGCUCCGUCGGAGACUGAGCACCCUCCGUCAGCACACCCGAAUCUGCCGUCACCCAUUAUACCCCUAGCGGCCAUCUCGUCAGGGCUACAGCCUCCCAAUCCCAACUCAUCCACGGCCCACCGGCGGCCGUACCCUAGCCAAUACAUCCGCUCACUCUACGAUAUCGGCACGGACCCAGAGACCCAGAAUUCGCCGCCAUCGCUGCGGUGUCCACGGCAUCUCCAUAUGGGCUGUGAGAUCUGUGUGGAGGCAAAGUCACCUGUCCCUACCCGCGGUGCACAACCGCGAGGCCGAAGCGUGCCCGGGCGCGCGAGUUCUACCACCGGAAGCAGCCCGGGCGACCCGCCCUCGGGACAAAAUUGCUCGCCCCUGGUGGGCGGGGUGACCGGCUGGCAAGACGGUAGUGGGAUUGGAUCGGGGCUUGCGCGGCCCGGACCACAGGGGACAGUCCUGCGGCGGCCGUCGGACGCGCAGGUGCCGUCGCGCCUGGACGGGAGCCCACAGAUGUGCAGCACGAAGCUGUCGGAGCUGAUCGUGCGGUUCAUGCGGCUCAGCGCGCUCGUCGCGAUGGAGCUUGGGCGGGAGGCGACGGAGGAGCGCGCGUCGGUGGACGGCGGGGACGGGCGGCGGGACGAGGAGGGGCAGGCGGGGACGUCGCCUUCUGGCCUGUCGCACGCCCACGCCCAUGCUGCCCGCGCGCCUGUGUCGCCGCAGAUCAGCCCGCGGACGCUGACGCAGCGCAAUCUGGCGGAUGCAGGGCUGUACUACUACGCGCUGCGGCCUUCGCGGGAGUGGUACUUCCUCUUGGCUGGGCUACUGACCCGGGCGAUAUGCGAGGGCUACAUGACGGCUGGGUGGAGAGGCAUCGAGCCGCUAGAGGUGCUGCUUGGCGUCGGCCUGGGGAUCAAUCCUGCCUUUGGACGGCGGAGCAGGAAUCGUGGACAGGCGAGGGAGAACGGGCAGGGUGGUGCGGCAGAAGGAUCUGCGCGGCAGAGGCCUGAGGAAGAAGAGGAAGACGAGGAGGAAGACGAGUUCAAGCAGUUUGAUCCCGAUGACUUGCCUGAGCUGGAGGAGGCGACGCGGGUCCUGUUUCCCUCGCUACGAGACCCGGGCGUUGCGAACGGGAUGCACCGGAGGGAGGGUGCUGAGCUGGAGUACGAGAUUGAGAUGGUUGAGCGGUUGCAACGGUUCUACGAUGUCCCGCAGUCUACGCCAGAUGUAGCAACGCACAUGGAGGAUCUGCAGUGGCAGUUCCCCGCGGAGGCGGUCGAGCGCGCUGCCGUCCGGUUCUGUGAAGCCAUCGCGCGAUGGCGAGGAAAACCCGAGCUGGAGACGUAUAAAAAAGCGACCUGGAUCAUCAGGAACGGCGAACGCAGGGCCAGCGCAGGGGCAGCAAUGUCCAUCGACGCGCUCGUCCACUCGAAUCCUACGAGCCCGUCAAACAGCGCACGGCAGCCAGCAGGGCCCGCGCGGUUCGCGCAUCAAGCAGAAUCGAGGACGCGCAAGCCGCUCAUCGAGAAAUACUUCGCGAUGCCGCAGGCGGUUGCCAUGCAGGGGCGCAAGCGGCGGCGCUCAGAGACCGACCGCAUGCAGGAGGACGGGCGGAGGAUGCAGAACCCGCCUAUCUUUGGAUGAGGCGAUCCGUCGUCGACUGGAUUCUCGGCCUGUGUGGCCAACAUCACCAAAAAAACAAAAGCCAGGAUUGAAGUGCUGAAGUGCCCUGACGCCGAUGUAUGAGUAUAAUAAUGAUCCGUCUGAAUCUGAUGUCGUCACUGUUGUAGGAACACCGCGCAUAGAGGGCUAUGGGUGUAUAUGUAUGGCUGUCGAUGUUUGUUGUGCUGUACCGUCUCGCAUCGAGUCGCUUUCGAGUCGUAUCGACUUCACGGACUUUCAGAAGAAUCUGGUGUUACAACCACCCCCUC